UGCAGAGCUGCUCCACUGUGCUUCUGGUAUAUCAUUUUUUUGCUUGACAAGAAAACAUGAAUUGGCUUCCUUCUUUGGUCCUACAAAUUGUAUUUUUCAAGACUGUGUCCUCAGGGAAGGUUCUGGCUUGGCCAACUGAUGGAAGCCACUGGAUGAACCUAAAUGUAGUCCUUCAAGAGCUUGCGAAGAAAGGACAUGACAUUACAUUGCUAGUGCAUUCAGGCAAUGUCUUGAUGGAUCCCAAGAAAGCCUCAUCACUCAACAUUGAGGUGUUUAAUGUUUCAUUUUCGAAAGAGUGGAAUGAAAAGCUUAUGCACGACUUUUUAAGUUUGUUUAUGUAUGAUGCAUCCAAUGUAUCAUAUUGGGAAUUCUUUGUGAAACUAAAGGAAACUGCUGCACAGAUGCAGCUGUUACAAAGACAUGUGUGUGAUGGUGCAUUAAAGAACAAGACUUUGAUCCAAAAGCUUCAGUUGGACAAAUUUGAUGUGGUUGUUUCAGACCCAGUUUCUCCUUGUGGAGAGAUCUUAGCAGAAGUACUUGGGGUGCCUUUUGUUUACACCUUACGGCUCUCAGUAGCUAACACUUUGGAAAGGCUCUGUGGACACCUUCCUUCUCCCUUUUCUUAUGUACCUGGAGCUGUGGUGGCACUUACCGACCACAUGUCCUUUGUAGAAAGAUUGCAAAAUACCAUGUUUUAUUUGUUUCAAGAUGCUCUGUUCUACACAGCUUUUACAGGAUUCUGGGAUGAUUAUUAUAGUGAAGCACUCGCUGAUGCAAGUCAUUGGUUUAACCUAAAUGUAAUCCUUGAGGAGCUUGUACAUAAAGGACAUGAAGUGACUGUUCUAGUCCAUUCAGGCAAUAUGCUGAUGGACCACAAGAAACCCUCACCUCUAAACUUCGAGCUUUUCACAGUACCAUUUUCUAAAGAGAAGAAUUUGAAGCUGCUUGAUGAUUUUUUAAGUUUAUGGGUUUAUGAAGCAGUUAAUAUGUCCUACUGGGAGUUCUAUGUAAAAAUGAAAGCUGUGGUAUCAGAAAUACAACUGCUGGACAAACAGGUGUGUGACGGUGUUUUUAAGAACAAGGAGUUGUUGAAGAAAUUGCAGAUGGAGAAAUUCGACGUGGUGGUGGCAGAUCCUUUGGCUCCUUGUGGUGAACUUAUCUCAGAGUACCUAGGAGUACCACUAGUUUACACUUUUAGAUUCUCAAUGGGUAACUCCAUGGAAAGACUAUGUGGACAUCUUCCAUCUCCAUUCUCCUAUGUACCUGGGGCAAUGGUGGAGCUUACUGAUAAAAUGUCCUUUAUAGAAAGACUGAAAAAUACCAUGUUCUAUUUAUUUCAAGAUGUUCUGUUCAGUACGGCAUUGUCACAAUUCUGGAAUGAAUAUUAUAGUGAAAUAUUAGGUUAUCCUACGUCACUUUGUGAAGUAAUGGGAAAAGCAGACAUUUGGUUGAUCCGAACUUACUGGGAUUUUGAAUAUCCCCGUCCGACUCUGCCAAAUUUUGAUUUUGUAGGUGGCCUGCACUGCACACCAGCAAAGCCUUUACCCGAGGAAAUGGAAGAAGUGGUCCAAGGCUCUGGAGAUCAUGGAAUUGUGGUGUUUUCAUUGGGUUCCAUGGUUAAAAAUCUGUCAGAGGAGAGAAGUAACAUGAUUGCAGCUGCUCUGAGCCAACUACCACAAAAGGUGAUUUGGAGAUACAGUGGGAAGAAACCAGAUACUUUAGGAGAAAAUACAAUUGUGUAUGACUGGAUACCACAGAAUGACCUCCUUGGCCAUCCUAAAACAAAAGCUUUUAUUACACAUGGGGGAACGAAUGGAAUUUAUGAAGCAAUUUAUCACGGCAUUCCCAUGGUUGGUAUUCCACUGUUUGCUGAUCAACCAGAUAAUAUGGUCCACAUGAAAACCAAAGGCAUGGCUGUAAUGUUGGACUUCAACAAGAUGAAAACACAGGACUUAGUGGACGCAGUUAACACAGUCAUUAACGAUCCCUCUUAUAAGGAAAAUGCCUUGAGGAUCUCAAGCAUCCAUCACGACCAGCCCAUCAAACCACUCGACAGAGCCGUUUUCUGGAUUGAGUUUGUCAUGCGUCACAAAGGUGCUAAACACUUGAGACCUGCGUCUCAUGACCUUACCUGGUACCAGUACCAUUGUUUGGACGUUAUCGGCUUCUUGCUUGUCUGCCUGUUGACUGUUCUCUAUAUCUCUGUUAAACUGUUUACGUUCUGCUGCAGGAAGUGUUGCCGAACAAAAAAGAAGCUGAAAACACAGUAGUAGAGAAAAGUGUUCCUAAACAUAUGGCACUGUUAUCUAAACUAUAUUGAUUAUUUUCUUAAUUUAAAAGCAGCCAACAAAAUAGUAUGAGCAACAAUGUACAAAACAGAAACCUUAGGUACCUGGUCUAAUAAUGUAUCGUAAUAGCAAGUUAAAAGUGCUUUUUGUGAGUGAGAAGCAAGAAUAGGGUUUACAGUUUGUUCCUGUGUAAUCGUUCCUUCUAGCCCAUAGAUCAACAAGUGAGGGGGUUACAUUUCUUAUGGAAGCAACUUAAUCAGGACAUCAAUAUCUUAGAAUCUCAUGUAAUAAAGCAAGGACUUCAACUAUGGAAAUACUAGUACAAGACUGUAUGACUUGAAGUAUCAUGGAAAUACUUGUACAGUAAUGGAAAUAUUCCUUGUGGGUCCUUCAGACAUCCUGUAAUCAAUAAGUUGUACACCAUGACAGAUGAACGUGGCUUGCCAUCAGUUAUG